AUGAGCUCCCCAGAAGCCGAGGCCUUCGAUCCAGAGGCUGUACAUGAUACACCCAAGCUUAAGGGAAGGGCAUUCGAACCGUUUGAGGAGGAAUUAUCGGAUCAAAUAUCCCACCCAAAGCUUGAAGAUGAUGCGUUAGAUACGGAACAAGAUGCUUUAGCAGAGCCUCCAGAUACUCUUGCGGAUAAAAUCAAUCACCUACAAGAUGUACAAGAAAACAUGGCCUCGCGGGCCAAUGGCUUUACGUUUAAACGAACGAAAUCAACGGAGCGUGUCGAUUUGGUAGAUACAGAGGGCGAGGUUGCAAAUGGAACCGACGAUAACGCAGAUCUUGAGAGUGAGGGUGGUUCCCACCUGCCCAGUCCUCCUGGGACUCCCGACGACGUUCUUUCGGUACAGGCCUCUGCUCCCUCCUCCCCGGGUAGUAAUAUUAUUCCGCGACGGGCUUCACUACAAAACAUACCCACACCCUCGCUCCGUCCAUUCGACCGUAGAUUUCAAAGCCGACUGUCGAUAUCUUCACCGUUGCUAGGGUCUCCAAGAUCCGCAUCGCCGGCUUUACUUAAUUCUCACUCGCGGUCGUCAUCACUUUCGGGACAAGGAGAGGACCUCGAGGGAGACGCGGAGGAAUCAUCUACGCCAUGGGACGUGAUUAGAUGGACGAAGCUUAAAAAACUCAAGGCACAGCUUUAUUCCGAAAGUGGACAUCGAGCGUAUGGAGAGCCGACUUGCAUCAACAUUUUUACUUCAAUAGCGGUUGGAACGUCAAGAGGAUUUAUCCUAAUAUUUGACUAUCACCAGACCCUCAUGUCGGUAAUUGGCCAGAAUCUGAAAGUUGAAUGCGGUGGAAUUACAUCCCUCGCAAUUUCGGCAGACUAUACAACAAUUGCUGGUGGUUAUGCUAAAGGAUAUAUAUUCACAUGGGAGAUUGGAAAAUCAGCUCGUCCGUUCCUAUCAAUACCGCCAAUACCAUUGGGAGAGAUCGAUGGUAAAAAAGAAGAUGGCCAUGUCCAAGGAACCUCUGUUCUACACCUUGGGUUCCUGGGGACUAGACACACGGCCCUCGUAUCUGCAGACGACAAAGGAAUGGCCUUCUCCCAUCUCGCCAGCCGUAGCUUAGUCGGUCGUGUCGUUAAAACCACGAGAAUACUCGGAAGGUAUCCCUUCGAUAUUGCAACGGCUACUCGACCACGGAAACCGAGCUCAGUGCUUGCAUUCGCUUCUCUACCUCUUGGAAAUGCGCCACAACCGACUGAUACGAUGGGUCUUACUGCAAUGCUCACUCCCUACCUUUUAGUUAUAGUUUCGACCACACCGAUAGCACAGACGCAGCACAAACUUGCCCGACCAAAGGAAGUAGCGAGUGAGGCUGCUCUUAGUGGUUGUUUGGCUUGGUUCCCAGCUAUAAAGCUGAAAAAUGAUGGUCAAAGGAGCAAUAAGUCAAGCCAAGUAAUGCAACCAAGGCUAGCAUACUGCUGGUCAAAUGUCUUGACAGUUAUGGAAAUUCUACACGCAGAGAAAGAAGGGGUAGAAAUUGACCCGUACAAACCGCCCGCGUUGCAAUUUAGACUCAAAAGUCGAUGGAAAAGUGACGAGGCUAUUGUCGCAGUGCAAUGGCUAAACCGACAGAUUCUCUGUGUCGUCACAGUUAGCCAACGGCUAAUAAUUAUCGAAGAACCUACCAUGCGUGCAACGGAAAGAUUCGACUUGAUUCCGAAGCAUAUAUAUCAUCAUGAUUACUUCGCUCGGCAGUUAAGAUCUCUAGUUGGAAGUCUAGAUGAGGAGGGUUCCUUGCAUGCUAGUAUCGCGGAUGCCUACUAUAACAGUGUUAAGACUUUUAAAGGCCGGAUUUUCCUCUUAGGUUCUUUUGACAUGUCUGUUGGGGCUUUGUCGAACUGGGCCGAUAGACUAUUAGCCCUUAUGGAGGUCGGCGAUUUCAUCGGUGCCCUAAAGCUUGCAACGUCCUUCUAUCUCGGCGGAACCGAAAUGAUAACUGUAGGGUUACCGUCGGACGAUGAUUUACGCCAUACGAUGGUCAGGGACAAGCUUCUCGAUAUGAUGGGUGCUUCACUCCGAUAUGCUUUCGGAUUAACAGCUCAGUCAGUACCUAUCAAAGAACGAGAGCAACUACAGGAACUCGCCACAGCAUGUAUAACUGCUUGCAUGAGUAUGGGUACCACAGAUUUCCUCUUUGAAACCGCCUUUGAAGCCUUCGAGGAUGGUUCCGCAGAGGGUGUCUUUCUUGAAACAUUGGAGCCUCUCAUCCUCAACGGCGAACUGACCUACCUGCCGCCAACUGUUGUCAAAUCUUUGAUUUCACAUUAUACAUCCCUCGGCCUUGAAAGCCGUCUGGAAGAAGUAAUCUGCCACCUGGACCCUCGAACAAUGGAUAUUCAUCAAGUAACAGGUCUCUGCAAAGAACACGGCCUCUAUGACGCUUUAAUAUAUGUUUGGAAUCAAGCAUUGUCGGAUUAUAUAACCCCCAUAACCGAAAUACUUGCCCUCAUCAUCCCACUCAUAACACCGAGCGAUGGUGCCGAAGUCCAGAGUCUGAAUAGUACUAAUGCCCUCAAAAUAUUUCCGUACCUUUCUUACAUCCUUACCGGGAGAUCUUACCCUACUGGCGAAAUUAUGUCAGACUCCGAAGCUAUAUCCGCGAAAGCAAUGCUAUACUACUUCCUUUUCCUUGGCCGUUCAAUACAAUGGCCGAAAGGAACAUCGGAUUACAUCCUAACGAAAACGACCAAUCAUCACAACGAACCCUCGUUCCCGUACCUCCGCGCAAUCCUCGAAUUUGACGCCGCAAGUUUCCUAAGUUGUCUCAACGAAGCGUUCGAAGACCCUUUCCUUAACGAUGAUGCAAACUCCUCCAACCUCAGCGUUUCAGCGAGUUUCUCCGAGCUCAGCGAAGAUCAAGUGUUCGGUCGUUCCGUAAAUAGACAGUACAUCGUCAGCAUCCUUCUCGAGGUCAUGAACCCUACAGACUUCACACCUCAUGAUACAAUAUACCUCGAUAUGUUCAUUGCUCGAAACCUACCAAAGUAUCCACAAUAUCUCCUCUUUCCCGGUAGUACGCUACAAAGGGUUUUACUCGGGCUAUGUAAUUACCCUGGUAGCGAUAUUGCAGAAGAUUGUCAACUCAGCGCGGAAUAUUUACUUUCAGUAUACCACCCACCGGACAUUAACCUUCUUAUCGAUGCUUUCGUCUCCGCCGGGUUUUAUAGGGUCCUCAAGACGGUGUUCAGGACCGAGAAGGAUUAUCCGAGAUUGAUGGAGAUGUACUUUGAGGAUACAGAUACGUUGAGUACGGUAUUUGACUGUAUCAACGAAUUGCUAAGGCCAGCCAGUACACUCACUGCAAAACAGAGAGAGGAAGUCAAAUCCGUCAUCAAGGAACACGCAAAGCAGCUUACAGAUGUUGAUGCUGAAAAAGCAGCGGAGACAUUAAGUAUCGCUGGUCCCGACUUACACCAUAUUGUCGUGUCGGCCUGUGCAGAGGAACCAGAGGCACAGUAUAAAUAUCUCAAAGUUGUGUUUGAAUCAUCCGAAAAGAAUAAAAAAGGGAAAACAAAAAACGAGAGGGAUUCGAUUACAGAAUAUGGAUCACUACUAGAAUUGUACAUCCGACUCAUGUGUUCGUACGACUUUGAAAAGGUUUCGAGGUUCAUAGAGACUUUAAGUCCUGGAGAUUUGAAACUUGAUCAGGUUAUUCCCGCUCUUGAGGAAAAGGGGGCGAUAGAUGGAGUGGUUCUUUUGAUGGCUAGGGAAGGGUUGAUAAAAGAGGCGAUGAAGAAGUUGGUGCAACACCUGGAAGUGCUAGAAUCAGCCUUUGUAGGGUUAUUACGAGGAUGUGUGGAUGAUGAGGAAGGAUAUCAGGAGAAUGACAACGUGGGGGAUAUGUUGACCGCUCUGCAGAAGUUCUCAAAAGUGGGGAUUUGGUUAUGUCAAGGUCAAAUGGCCGCCUUGGAGUCGAGGCUCCGAGGCUCUGCUGGACGAAUGACAUUGAAGAAAGCUUUGAACAACAAGAACUCGCCUUUGACGGCUGAAGAGGACUUGUGGCUAGAUUUGAUCGAUUGCGUGGUGCAUAUUUCCAAAUCUGCGACUGGGGUGCUCAGGAAUUCCUCGAAUAUGAGCAUGAUGACUCCUGUUAGCCCGAGUGUGGCCAGUAUGUCGGAAAUGUCGUCGAGACCUGUUUCGAGAGCGAGCAGUAAAAGUCAAAGAUCACAUUAUUCAAUGCUCGGGGAAAGGAGGUUACUUGCGGCGACGCACCGACUUGUCCAUGACGUCUUCACGGCGCUGCUAUCGGCUACUUCUACGGGCGGGCAGAAUACAACUUCAUUCUUGAGGAUUCUCCGGGCGUUUUUGAACAGAGCAGCUAUCACUUCGCCUUCAUUGGCUGAUUUGAGGAAUGUCCUCGCGAGUAUCUUUGAUACUUAUACUUACGAAGAACAGCUACUGGCGCUUUCGGGGAAGUUGUUGGAGAAGGAUUUGUUUUUGAAGGUAGAGGAUGCGGCUACGUUGCGACAACAGGGAUGGAAGCCGAAGAGUCAACUGUGUGAAGGGUGUGGGAAAAAGCUUUGGGGAACAGGUGCAGCUGGCGGGAUAUAUGCCGCAUGGGAGGCCAAGAGAAUAGAAGCGUUCGAGAAAUCGAAAGAUGAAAAGGUGGAGAAGGAAGCAAAGAGAGAGCGGGAACGGUUCGGUAGUAUAUCCAAAGGCAAGGGCAAGGCAAUGCUUGCAGUAUUACAUGACGAACGGUCGGCGUUACCUGGGGUUAAAGAGAACCAGCCAAGUGGGAAAGACGGAGAAGGGGACGCAGCUACAGGCCAAAAGGAAGGCGAGGGAGACAAGGAGGCGUCGAAAAUCAUCAUGGUUUUCCACUGUGGACAUAUUUAUCAUCGUUCGUGUCUGGAAAGUCUGCAUAAGGAUGAGACAAAUGACGAGAAUGGGGAGGCGGAGGAGACACCUUUCUCGCCAGUAUCUCGACAUGAGACUAACGUUGAAGAAACUGGAAUGCGGUGUGUCGUUUGUAAAUAG